AAAUUAAAUAAAUUACACAGUUUAAUGAUCUAAGAUCCGAUAUGUACAACAUCGUAUCUUAAAACAAUUUUCAUAAGAAUUUUUGCAUGGAUGCUCGAAAUAAAAAGGGAUGAAUAUUUCAUUUUGAUGUUUAUAAAUUCGCGACAGAUUCAUUGUUAUUUGAUGUCGUACUCGAGGAGUAUUCUCACAUUGUAUCAUGGCUCGGAAAGGGGGAUUUCUUGAUGUUCCAGAUAUUCCUAAUCGACAAACCCAGCAAUUCUUUUCUGAGAUUACCAAUGAAAUGAAAGAUUUAUUCAGUGUAAUAAGAGAUGAGCCAGAAAAAACUACGUCAUCUAAGAGCAUAAAGCCUGAUCCAGGAUUUUGUAUAAAGACCAAAGACAGCAAUGAAGAAAAAAUUUUCUUGAAUAUUUGUUGUUCUCCAGAGCUACCAGAACCAAAAGAAAUCAGUGAAGAUGAGUUAUUGUGUAUUCUUCAGUCUGAUGACCCAUCUACAUAUAGAAUCCCAAUGAGUUUAGGGGAACCCCAUGUGGAAUUAGAUAAAAGUGGUCAUCCCUGCACUGCAUAUGACAUUAUCAUCAACAAAACAUUUUUCAAGAAAGUUAUCAACAGUGAUCUGUUCAAAACAUUUAUGAUAACUCUGUGUAUGGAAGGAAUAGAAAACAAAUAUAAUUUGUGUUUGAACAAAGUUUCAUGGAUGUUGUUGAAAAACAAGAAGUACCAUGGAACAAUGCCAGAUCAUCACAUCAGAUGUAAUCAAAAGACCUUAAUAACAGAAAUUUCAUCAAGCAAUGAGCCAAAUAAAUCUGCAUCACUUGAAAAGGAGGAAAAGACUGAUACUAGAAUUAUGUCUGAAAUAUCUGGUAGCGCCAAAAGAAAAAAUGUCCCAGUUCCUGAGUUUAGCAUUCUCAAAGAUCCAGUAGAAGGACAUCCAGAGUUCCUAGUAGCCAGAAUUCAACUUUAUGAAGUGAAAAACGGCAAGGACAUAGAGCUGGAUUUGGGAGAAGAUAGAAUUAUACUCAGAGUUCAGCCUGACAUUUAUUAUCUAGAUGUAUUUAUUCCUUAUGACAUACAACAGGAGGAAAGUGGUGCACAAUUUGAUAAGCAAAGCAAGGUUUUGACAAUAACAAUGCCUGUGGUUCCAUUAAAGAACAAGAGUUGAUAUAUGCAAAAUCCACAGCUAGUAUCUGUGAUAACAUUUCCAUUGCUUAUGGGUAAAAGUAUUCUUCAGUAUUCAGCAGGUUCCAGUCAUCAGCAAGAAAUUAUCUUCACAAUAACUGUGUGAAAAAGUGUAUUUUCUAUGAAAAAGCUCAUACAUAAAAGUUGCUACAUGUUUGCCCAGAUUUCACCCUAGUCUGUUUCAUAAAUAAAUAUAUUAUUAAUAUAGUAGUUCAGAAUUGGUAGAGAUUUGACCUCCUUACUAACAAUGUAUGACCUGUUAAUGAUUAUUAAAGUUACUAAAAUAUUUGAACAUG